AUGUUGUAUAUGCAAUUAGAAGCAGAGAGGGCAAUUGCUGAAUGGCUACUAAGAGAAAAGAAAUCCUUGCAGGGUAGCAAAACACCUCCACAUACAGAAAAUUCUAUCUCUGAAGAAUCCUUUUUGGACAGUGAUCUGCAAUCCCGUGAAUCCAUUAAAGAUUCAGACUGGUUGACAUUAAGUGCACAAGAGCAGUUAGCCUGGGUCAAAAAUACUCAAGACCCUCGGAUUGCCAGAGGUCUCCGAUCCCCUCUAGAGAAAAGGAUCUUGAGUUUAGGUGGAACACAUAGUGCAGCUGCAAAAAGAUUGUUAGCUCAAAAAUAUCAAGAGGAGCGUAAAGGCAUCUAUAAAUUCAAGACUUCAUCUCUGGACUACCGGCUCAGCAAAGCUGAGGCUUAUUACACCUCCAACAAACAAGAUGAAAUGAUGGCUCAAUUGCAGAGGUAUUUUUUGCCUGAUUCACAAGAGGGUUCAGAACUAUUUACAGAAGAAGAAAUAUGGCAUCCCCCAAAAUGGGACUAUUUAGUAAAUGAGAGAGAAUUAAAGCAGAUAGAAAGGCAUAUUUAUAGAACAGAACACGCUAGAAACCUUAGAAGCAAAAUGUACUUACCAUACCGUGCCAGUGUCCAAAGGAAAAAAUUUCUUCCUAGUGCUUGGACAGCAGAAAGUAAAGUGGAUAGAGACAGCCAGAAAAGACCUAAAACAAGCGAGCAGAUGAAAGAACUGGCAAUAAAGCAAAUCAGAGAACAUCGCGAGCGCAUGAUUCGAGGGAGAGAGGUUAUGCAAAGUCACAUGGAAAAGCAUUUUUACAGAAUCCCCAGGCAGUUUCCUCUAGUUUCCAAACCAGAGGUGAAGAGAAAGCAAGUAAGAGUUUAUGAUUGGGUUGCUGCUUAUCCACUUCUCCAACCUCGCCAUGGAAAGCAGCUGGAAAUAAGAAUCCUUAUUGAAAAGUCAAAGUUCAAAAGGGAAGAAAAGCAGGAAGAGAAUAAAACCAAAAUGCCAACUUGUUCAGUAUUCUUGAAAAUACCACCAUUUUUGAAGAGUAAACUAGAAAAGAUGAAUGCUUAUUAAAGUUAUAUUU